GGACAGGGCUGACUUUCCAUUCUGUGUAGUGUUGCAGGGGAGAGAGGCUAGGGAUUUGCAGAGCUCCAGGCUGCAGCUUGUCAAGAGCUAAGCAAAGACAGGGGCAUAGUAAAGAUGGCAGAAGCUCACCAGGCUGUAGCAUUCCAGUUUACCGUAACUCCAGAUGGAAUCGACCUAAGAUUAAGCCAUGAAGCUCUGCGACAAAUCUAUCUCUCUGGCCUCCACUCCUGGAAGAAGAAGUUCAUUAGAUUCAAGAAUGGAAUCCUCACUGGGGUCUUUCCAUCAAGCCCUUCUAGCUGGCUAGUUGUAGUGGUGGGUGUCACCUCAACAUCCAUGUACACACAAGUGGAUCCAUCAUUUGGUUUAAUAGAGAAAAUAAACAAUGCCCUCGCCACUACGGGAUACAUGACCAGCCAGACCCAGAAAAUUGUCAGCGGUGUUCUCUUUGGCACAGGCUUGUGGGUGGCCCUGAUUGCAACAAUGCGAUAUUCUCUAAAGAAGCUUCUGUCAUAUCAUGGAUGGAUGUUUGAAGAGCAUGGAAAACUCUCUAAGUCUACAAGGUUAUGGAUGGGAAUGGUGAAAUUGUUCUCUGGCCGAAAGCCGAUGCUUUACAGUUUCCAAACUUCUCUUCCUCAUCUACCUGUGCCAACUGUUAAGGACACGGUCAAAAGGUAUUUGGAUUCUGUUAAACCACUGAUGGACGAAGAGCAGUUUCAGAGGAUGGAAGGUCUUGCCAAGGAUUUUACCGUCAACCUAGGACCAAAACUUCAGUGGUACUUGAAGCUGAAAUCGUGGUGGGCCACAAACUAUGUCAGUGAUUGGUGGGAAGAAUACAUCUACCUCAGAGGACGAGGACCAAUCAUGGUCAACAGUAAUUACUAUGCAAUGGAUUACCUUUAUGUGUUGCCAACAACAAUUCAAGCUGCCAGAGCUGGAAAUGCGAUCCAUGCACUUCUGCUCUACCGGAGAAAACUGGACCGGGAGGAAAUCAAACCGAUUCUGCUGAUGGGAACCACAGUUCCAUUAUGCUCCUCUCAAUGGGAAAGAAUGUUUAAUACUUCCCGUAUACCCGGAGAAGAGACAGACACCAUUCAACAUGUCAAGGACACCAAACACAUUGUUGUCUACCAUAAGGGACGUUACUUCAAGGUGUGGUUGUAUCAUGAUGGAAGGUUAUUGAAGCCAAGAGAGAUUGAACAUCAGAUGCAGCGAAUUAUUGAUGACAAGUCUGAACCCCAGCCUGGGGAGGAAAAACUGGCCGCACUUACUGCAGGAGACAGGGUCCCAUGGGCCAAGGCUCGUAAAGAUUACUUCAGCAAUGGAAAGAACAAGCAAAGCCUGGAUGCUGUUGAGAAAGCAGCUUUCUUUGUUACUCUUGAUGACACAGAACAAGGAUACAACAAGGAAGACCCAGUGAACUCCCUUGACAAAUAUGCCAAGUCACUUUUACACGGAAAAUGCUAUGACAGGUGGUUUGAUAAGACAAUAAGUUUCAUUGUGUUCAAGAAUGGAAAGAUGGGCAUGAACUGUGAGCAUUCCUGGGCCGAUGCCCCAAUUUUGGGUCAUCUUUGGGAGUAUGUCAUGGCAACGGAUAAGUUUGACCUUGGAUAUGAAGAAGAUGGUCAUUGUAAGGGAGAUGUCAAUAAUAGCAUUCCUCCUCCAAACAGACUGCAGUGGGAACUCCAGGAAGAGUGCCAAAAUGUGAUUGAGAGCUCCUUGACUGUUGCCAAAGCCCUUGCAGAUGACGUUGACUUUCAUUCAUUCCCUUUCGAUAAUUUUGGCAAAGGCCUCAUCAAAAAAACUAGAACAAGCCCUGACGCCUUUGUUCAACUGGCUCUUCAGCUGGCACACUUCCGGGAUAAAGGCAAGUUCUGUCUGACAUAUGAGGCCUCCAUGACACGAUUGUUCAGGGAAGGAAGGACGGAGACAGUGCGCUCAUGUACUAUUGAGUCCAGUGAAUUUGUCUUGGCCAUGACCAAUCCCAAAGAAGAUAAUGAAAGCAGAGUAAAGUUAUUCAAGAUCGCAGCAGAAAAACAUCAGCAGAUGUACCGUUUAGCCAUGACUGGGGCUGGAAUCGAUCGUCAUCUCUUCUGUCUUUAUGUUGUUUCAAAAUACCUGGCAGUGGAUUCAGGUUUCCUUAAAGAAGUUCUGUCAGAACCAUGGAGACUGUCAACAAGUCAGACUCCUCAGCAACAGGUUCACCUUUUCCAACUGGAGAAGUACCCAGAAAAUGUCUCAAGUGGUGGUGGUUUUGGACCUGUUGCUGAUGAUGGAUAUGGUGUUUCCUAUAUUAUUGUUGGUGAAAAUCUGAUCAAUUUCCACGUAUCAAGCAAAUUUUCCAGCCCAGAAACAGACUCUCACCGCUUUGGACAAAACAUCAGACAAGCCAUGCUGGAAAUUAUGGGCUUAUUCAACGUCACCACAAACAACUGCAACAAAGGAAAGAAGUAGAAUCUCUGAGUUUGUGAGAAAAACAGAAAACAAAAAGCAAACAAAACUUCCUGACCGGUUUCCUGAAAUGCUUAUACUACAACAGUCCUGACAGAACUAACUUUUGUAGUUGCUGCUUCUAGUGACUGCAGACAUCUGACAGCUAUCGACACCUCUAGGCCCCAUAGCCUUCUCCCGGUUUUAUAAUCAGAUUUUUAUUUUUUGUUAUGUUUCAAGGUCUGUGGAACAUAUUUGUACUUUGUCAUUUUAGUUGCUGCUGGAACGUCAUCUAGAAAUGUUACAAGGGCUCAUCAUAUUUUGGAGACAUACACCAUGGUGUGUAGGCUCCUUUUCUUUUCAUCGAACUGUAAUAUAUUUAAUUUUUUAUCUUUUUUUUUAUUUUUAUUUUUUUUAUUUUUUUGGGGGGGUUGGGUAUUUUUUCUUUUGGUACCAUCUUACAAAUAUAGGUAUAUUUUUGCCAAAGAAUAACCCUUGAUGGGGUUGUUCUCUGUGGGUCCACAACUUUAUCUGUAUGCUUGCCAACAGUCCCAAAUGUUUGCAUGUCUGUCUCAUGAAUGCCACCUCAAGGGGUGGAGUUACCUCUAAUUUGAAGUGAAUAGGGCAUUCCCAUUGGUUUUAGGGGUGUUCACGGACAGAAGCAUAAGUGUUCUAUAAUUUGGGACUCAAUUGUUGACACCUAAACAUCUGCAUCCGAAAGAGGCUUGAUCUCGGAUGCUUCUGAUUGUACUGUAUGUUUCACAGUAACCAUUCAAUGGACCAUAAUGUUUUGUCUUACGAUCUGUAUGCAAUGGAGAUAGUCUUAUUUGUAUCAUGGAGGAGGCCUGAUCUAAGAAAGAGUUACAGUAUCUUCUAAUAAGAUUACAAACUCAACCUAGUACUUGAACAGCCUACAGGCUUAUAAUAUGCUAUAUGUAAAGCUGCAUUUAAACUUUUAUACAAUGGUUUCAGGCUAACGCUUAUUAGUAUAGAACUGAGGCUUCCUGAAAUAGAGGUUUAAUAUUGAGACAAUAAAACUGAAAAUGGCAUCAAUAGGUCAUAGCUAGGUCUACCUUCAGCCAGGGCAAGGAUAUAGUUCACUAGCCAUGUAUCUAAAUGCUCUAGCCAAGGCAGAAUCCAACACAACACCCAUGGUAUUUGAUAAGUGCAGCAUCAAUGUUCAGCUACUUCUUAAAAUCUAAUCCUACACCCAGUGACCUAAAGUUAGCCCUAAAUGUUUUUUUUUUUUUUCCACUUCCAUGAAUUUUCACAAAUUCCAUUUUUCAUUGGGAAGGACAGGCUACACAAUAUUUCGAGUUCCCACUUUGCCAAAACAAAUCGUUAAAAAGGUAAAAACAUUUUUAGUUUUAAUUAAUUUGUAUUACUUAAAUUUAUACAGUUAUGCAAACAAUUGCAACACAAAAAGUUUACAAAAUGUUGGACCUUGUGAAGGACAUGGUAAUAUAAUGAUUAAUUUAUUGUAUCUUUCUAGUGGUGAGGGAGGUUUUUAUUCUACUACAAAGCUCCAAAUUCCCAACAUAGAAUUAAGUAAUAAAAUUCUGUCUGCCUUAAAGGGGUACUCCACUGCAUCAGCAUUCGGAACAUUUUGUUCCCAACACUGAGUGCGGGGUAUGGUGUCACAGCAACACCGCUCGUGACUUCACACCACACCCCCUCAAGGAAAGCCUCUGGGGCAGUGGAGUACCCCUUUAAAGGGGUACUCCAGUGUAAAACUUAUUUUUUUUUUUAAAUCAACUGGUGGCAGACAGUUACAGAUUUGUAAAUUACGUCUAUGAAAACAUUUUAAUCCUUCCUGUACUUACAAUACUUAUUAGUUGCUGAAUACUACAGAGGAAAUUCUUUUCUUUUUGGAACACAGAGCUCUCUGCUGACAAUACGAGCACAGUGCUCUCUGCUGAAAUCUCCAUUUUAAGAACUGUCCAGAGUAGGAGAAAAUCCCCAUAGCAAACAUAUGCUGCUCUGGUCAGUUCCUAAAAUGGACAGAUGUCAUCAUAGAGCACUGUGCUCGUGAUGUCAGAAGAGAGCUCUGUGUUCCAAAAAGAAAAUAAUUUCCUCUGUAGUAUUCAGAAGCUAAUAAGUACUGGAUGGAUUAAGAUGUUUUAAUGGAAAUAAUUUACAAAUCUGUUUAACUUUCUUCCACCGGAGUACCCCUUUAAGGGAGGUUGCUGCAAACAACUAUACAUUGGGGUCAAUAAUAAAACAGUAAACAGAAAGUUCCUUCAUUUGUUUGUUUGUUUUUUUAUUUUUUUAAACCUGAUCAGGGAAGGGUUAAGCAAAAAAAAAAAACUAUCUCUUACCUUCCUUGCUUCCGUACCAUCGCCAGUAUAACGGAGCUCCACACCUCACUCUCACGCGCAUCUGGGUUUGGGGACGUGAUGUCACACUCCCGCUAAGCUAAUCAGUGGCUGAGACGGGACAUGGAAAUAGAGUAGAAUAUUUCAUUUUAAUAAGUGGCUGAAUACUGAUUCUUCUUCCCAAGUUGCCAACGUGCCAGAAGAUAUACAUGAGACUCCACAAUAAACCAUAUCCAGGAGUAAGGAUGGUCACAUAUCUUGUUUUUAAGGGCAACUGGGCAAGUUUGUUUUUCUUGAAAAUAUUUCAAUAAUGGAUAUUGGCUAGACAUGGCUCGCUCUUGACUAUUCUUUUGUAAGGUUGGGCAUUAGACUUCCCUCCCCGUUCCCUGUUGGACAUUGGAGAGUUUACUAUGUUCCAGUGCCUUAUGUGUAAAAACUGGUGGUUGUGAGAGAAUAAUUAAAUAUAUGUAUAAGAAUAUUAUAUUCUAUGACACAGUAUAUAACAUGUUCACUGCCAGAGUGGUUUAUACACUGAGGGGUUGAAUAGAAGACGAAACUCUAUGUGCCUCGUUCUCCACAUAUCGUAAUAGUCAUGAUAAGGUGUCUUGAUACCAGUGUUCAUAUGUUGUACACAGACUCGUAAGAAGAAUGUUGACCUUUUAUAGGAACUACACCACUUCACACAGCAGAUAGGCUACAUUUUGUAGUUGAAGACAUUGGGGGAGGCUUAUAAAAUCUAGUGCAAGGAAUGAAGGAGUCUCAAUUGUUGCUAAGGGCAACUGCUCUGCUUUUCUUUUGCACCAGAUUUGACAAAUCUCAAUUUUUUUUUUGUUAUUAGAAAUGUUGAAUGUUCGGGGAAGAGUAACGUUUUACACUUUUACAAGUGCACUUCCUCUGUUGUUGAAUAUAUGAAUGUGCUUCCUGAACAAAUGCUUUUAUAGCAAAUUCCUGUCUUAAAACGGGGACCUAGAGUUAGAAAAAGGGUAUGUUCUAUCCCAGGAACAGUGACACCUUGUUACAAAGGCUGUGUCUUCUGUUGCUGUUCAAUGGCAUUGAAGGCAAAGCAGCAAUGCUUGACACAUCCUAUGGGGGAAAACACAAUUUUUUUUUUUUAUAAUACUGGACAUUGUCUUUAAUUUUAUUGAUCAUUAAGAAUUUUAUUAUUUUGGCAACAUCAAAUAGAUUUUCUGCAUGAAUUAAUAAUUUUGGAAAAUCUGGUUAAUUAAAGCGCCUGAGAUGGAAAUCGCAGUGUGGCUACUACCAAGGUGCUUUGAGUGAAUGAGUCAUUUGAAAUGGAUUGGCUGCCAAGGAGACUUUGCUUACAGUUCUAUCAGUGAAAUCAGGUUGUCAGGCUGAGUAUCCCUAGCGACCAGUCUCUCAGAUUGGCAGAAAUGAAGAUUCACCUAUCCUGUAGCUGCUUUCUCAUUCAGAUCACAUGCAUGCUUGGCUCAGCCAGCAUUUAUUUAACGGGAGAGAUUGUUUGGCCAACAGCUAUCUUGUGUCCAGCUACCUUGCCUGCUCUGGAUUAUCUCGAGAGCUGUAGACAUGAAUGGUAGUUAUACCUGUCUCUUAGCUAAUGACUGUUUAACUGUAAAAUCAUGUUUUACCUUCUAAGCUUAAAUGUCAGAGACUGUGCUGGGCUGCAGCAGUCAUGCCUCCUUCCUCCCCCAACCCUGUCUGCCUUACAUGAUUGGUGGACAUGGUUUGGCAUCCAUAAUUGAGCCCUGUACAUCAAUCAUGCAGGGUAGGAAAGGAUGGGAGAGGAAGGAGACAUGUAUGCUGUGGAUCAUAAUUGCCUCUAUAACUCUACUGAGCUUAGAAGGAAAACAUGAUUUUAUGACUUUGUAAACAGCCAUCAGCUAAUAGACCUCGCUUGUAUUAUCUUUCAGCUAAGUAUCCGUGACUGCAGCUCUGAGCACGAUUUAUAGCAGACAAAUGGCCUUUAAAGAUCUGAGUUUCGCAAAAAUGUAUUUAUUUUAUUUUUUUCAGAAAUGCCAUCACUGUAAUCUGUGUCUGCGUUUCCCACAUACAAAUAAAUGAGCCAGAGCUUGGAUAGCAGACACAUCCCAUAGAUAAGAUCUGUAUGCUAGUUUCAGACAACCCCUUAAAAUUGGCGCCAACUCAUUUUGUCUUCAUCAUUUACUCAUUGCACUGUGAACAGCAACCAAGAACCUUGGCAGAAUAAUAUUCUCCAUCAGGAAAUAUUUGUUCUUAAAGGGAUACUGCCGUGGAAAACGUAUUUUUUUAUUUUUUUUAACUGGUGCCAGAAAGUUAAACAGAUUUGUAGAUUACUUCUAUUAAAAAGAUGGAAAUUUUUUUUCUUUAUGUAUUUCUCUUACAUCACAACCAGUGCUCUCUGCUGACCUCUGCUGUCCAUUUUAGGAGCUGCCCAGAGCAGCAUAUGUUUCCUAUGGGGAUUUUCUCCUACUCUGGACAGUUCCUAAAAUGGACAGCAGAGGUCAGCAGAGAGCACUGUGGGCGUGACAUAAGAGAAAUACAAAAAGAAAAAUAUUUCCUCUGUAGUAUUCAGCCCCUAAAAAGUACUGGAAGGAUUAAGAUGUUUUAAUAGAAGCAAUUUACAAAUCUGUUUAACUUUCUGGCACCAGUUGAUCUAAAAAAAAGUUUUCCACGGGAGUACCCCUUUAGUAAAGACCAAGCUGAGCAGUUUCUUAUCUCCUAGUCAUAUGCAGUUAAAUAAAAAUUUAAAAAAGGCACUUUGCAGGGCAAGAAUAAUUCUUUGCAUAUAGUAAAUGAAAAGGUUCAGUUAUCAGGACCUCUAUAAAUGAGUGCUCUUACAGAUGCAAUGCGGUUUACAAAUGAACAAAACGUUCCGAACAAAAUUUAGGGGUAGUUGCACCUUCACACUUAAUGAAAGGGUGGUAUGACAUUAGAAAAACUAUUUUUUCCAAAAAAAUAGCACCACUCUGUUGCACAGGCUGUGUCUGGUAUUGCAGAUCAACCACAUACACUUGACAGGGGCUAAGUUGCAAUAUCAGUCACACCCCAUUGAUAAAGGUGGCACUGUAUUAUUUGGGAAAGAAAAAAAGUAUGUUCUAAUCUCAGACAACCUAUAUAAGAAAGAAAGUGAGGAAGUGGGAAAUGAAUUAAAGGAAUAUAUUCUUUGUACAUAAUUCCUAGUGGAAGUUUCUUUUAAAUUAUGGUGUGUCACACAAAUAUAGCUG